UGCUAUAAUACAAAGCCACGUGGAGUAUAUACCUCUAUAUUCUGUGAGAGUUUAAACACAUGAAAUAAACCAGUACAGUGCUUUAAUCGGAUAAAAAAUAUUUGUAGAACUUAUUUUGAAAAAGUCUGUUUUACGUUUUAUGAGUGAAAAGUCAAGACAGACUAAAUUAACAACAUUAACUGUUAAAUAUCGAUUAUAAAGAAAACAAUAUGGCAAAGGAGAAAUUACACAAUGUUGAUACUGAGGAACAAUUAGAGCCUUUAAACACAGAAACUGGAUCUAAAAAACCCUUAAAGAAGCGACAAGCAUGGGAUUCUAAAUGGCAGUAUAUAUUUAUGGUGAUCAGUUAUGCUGUGGGAUUAGGAAAUGUUUGGAGAUUUCCGUAUUUAGUCCAGCAACACGGCGGUGGAGCGUUUUUAAUACCAUACCUAAUCAUGUUGUUCGCAGAAGGAAUGCCUAUACUGUAUUUAGAGUUUGCUAUUGGACAAAAAAUGCAGAAAGGGACUGUUAUAGUAUGGAACGAGAUAAACCCGCUUUUAGGCGGAAUCGGACUAGCAAGCGCCGUGACGUCAUUUAACGUUGCUAUAUAUUAUAACGCCAUUAUCAUGUGGUGUUUCUUUUAUCUUUUCCACUCAUUCCAAAGCCCACUUCCAUGGGCUUCCUGUCCAACAGAAUUUAACGAGGCUGAAAAUAAAACCAUUGAGGUGGAAGAAUGCGUAAAAGGUGGAUCUACGUCAUAUUUCUGGUACAGGAACGCGCUUGACGUCUCGCCGAGCUUGUCGUCACCUGACGGUAUUAAAUGGAAGAUGUUGCUCUGUCUCAUAUUUGCCUGGUGUAUUGUCUAUGCUUGCAUAUGGAAGGGAAUUAAGUCAUCUGGGAAG